AUGCGGCGGCGGCGGCGGCGGCGGCGCCCCGCGCUGGCACUCGACCAGGCCCCGGACGUCUUCAUCCUGCGGGUGCUGCUGGAGGAGACCGGGGAGAUGUUCCAGGUGGCGCACUGCCACAGCGACAUGACCGUGCGCGAGCUCAAGGAGGAGCUGGAACUCGUCGUCGGCGUCCCCCUCGACCUGCAGCGGCUCCAGUACCUGGACCAAGGAGUUUUGAUGGAUGAUACCACACUGAAGUUCCAUGAUGUUGUUCCUGGUGGAAUUAUUUCAUUAUGUAUCUGGCAUUAUGAUGGAUGGACAGAACUGAUUUUGGCGGCUGUGGAAGGGGAUCUUAGUAAGCUGUCUUGUCUCGCUGUCGAUGAGGACUCCGUCUACCAAACUGCAAAUUCAAAGCAUCUUGGAGGCGAGCGGAGGAAGGAAUGGAUAUGUCAGAGGGCGUUCGUGGCCUUGUACAUUACCUCCCACAGAGGUCACCCAGAUGCUGUGCAGCACCUUCUAGAGCACGGAGCCGACUGUCUCCAAAGAACCCCCAUGGGCAGGACCGCCCUGCACGCGGCCGGGGCCAUGGGCCGUUUGGACUGUAUAAACCUGUUGCUCAACUACGGGGCCUCAGUCACCGACAAGGAUGCCAGGGGGGAGACCCCCAUGUCCAUCGCCCGGCGCAUGAACCGCAGACACAGCGAGAGGCGCAUGUUCCUUUUCUACUGGAUGACAAAGUCAGGGACGACGGACCCGAAGAAACUGCUCGCGCACCAGGUUUCUCACAGGGUGAAGGGCAGCGCAGAGCUCCGGAUGGAGGAGCAGGUAACCAAACCUCGGGGCGACCUCGGGGGACAGGCCCCUGGGGGUUCCCCAGCGCCUCCCAGCGUCGGCCGGGCGCUCCCGCCAGGUGGCGCUGCUGCGCGCUGUCGUCUCAAGGGGGCGGGCGCGGCGGCCAGCAGGUGUCGCAGCGAGACCGCGGAUCAACUCUGGGCGCCGGCAACGUCUUUUGAUCCAGACUGA